UCAUAUCAAAUUAAGAUCAAGUUUUCUCGUAGGACUUAUCUUUCGCUCUAGCGAUUUGAAUUCAACAAAUUCCGUUAACAACAGUUAGAACGUUGUAGCAUUCCUUGAAAUUCUCGCGUCUUUUUGGAAUUAUUCAAACGCGCUUGAAGUCCGUAUUCCGUAGAGAAGGAUGAGCUGAUAAAGAGAUAUAGAAUAAACCGGAUCCGGAAUCGGACAUGAAUAGGAAAGAAAGAUAGAGAUGUUUGGAACGAAAGGAAUUGCAACGGAGAGUAAAAUACCGGAAGAUAGGUACCUACUCGAUUAUUCAAUUUAGUGACGCGAACAUAGAAGUGGCUAAAUAUUUGCGGUCAGCUCAAUGAGAGAGAAAAAGAGAGAGAGAGAGAGAGAAAGAGAAAGAGCGGAAGGAUGAUAUAGUUCAUGGAAGAAAUAAUAAUCUUGACAAAUACGAGGAUUGACGAAGAGGACAAAAGAGAGAGAGAGAUAAAAAGUGAAAAAGAGAGUGUGUGUGUGUCUGUGUAUGUGCGUGUGUUUGUGUAAGAGAGAGAAAGAGAGAAAGCUCUUUGGUACGCUGUGAGUUUAGAAUAUAAUGUUCUUACGUUUCAUGUUUAAUGAAAACGUGUUUGCACAAAUGUCCAGUAUACGAAGAUACGUACAAUAUAUGUGUAUGUCUAUGUGUGUAUGUUCGUGUAUGUGUGCGUGUAAAUUUUGCAUAUGUGACGUAUGUAAAAUGCGUGGUUGUCCUCGUUGUCGUCGGAGUCAUCAUGGUGAAGCAGGAAAGCGGAACGUGUUGCAACUUUGGGACUAGAAAUGAGUUGAGGAUUGGCUACGAUGUUGAGUCGUUUGUCGGCCGUGGUGGCCUCCAUUUUGGUUCACCAGGUACACUUUCUGUGCACCGCAAACUCUCAAGGCGUGAAGCCAGUUCCCGGGCUGGAAAACCUGCCGAGGUCGUUCUGGCGUGAGCUCAGUUCACCCUUUACUGAGGUGUACGAAGUGGACAAUUUUGCCACUGAAAUCGGUGCAACGCCCGAGCCAAGGCCGUUUUUCGAAGAUCCUGAGAGCAACAUUACAGUGCAAUUAGGAACUCAAGUACACAUGCACUGUAGAGUGCAGAAUUUGCAAAAGAAUUUAAAGGUGUCUUGGGUACGAAGACGUGGCGAGGAUUUUCAUUUACUUACAAUCGGUCUUGAUACGUAUGCGAGCGACUCGAGAUUUUCAUUGGAGUUCGAAGGCCCGAACGAUUGGCGAUUACAGUUGAAAUCGGCGACUGAAAGGGACGCAGGACUUUACGAGUGUCAAGUCAGUGUACAUCCGCCAUUAAUCAGAACGGUUCAUCUGUCGGUAUCAGUACCAAGAGUUGAAAUUGUUGACGAACGUGGCGCAACCACAGGCGAUAAAUUCUAUAAAGCAGGUAGUACGAUAGAGCUGAAGUGUGUCGUUAGUAAUAUACCUCAACCGACUGGAUACGUAACAUGGCGGCAUGGAUCUCGUGCACUGAAUUACGAUACCACCCGUGGAGGAAUCAGUGUGAAAACCGACAUGGGGUCGACCGGAGCGGUUUCGAGGCUCUACAUUGCCAAUGCGAAUAAGAAAGACAGUGGGAACUAUAGUUGCGCAUUGGCCGACAUAGCUGCGGUCACUGUCGUCUCCGUCCACGUGCUCAACGGAGAAAAUCCAGCGGCGAUGCAGCACGGUGGAUGCGGCAGCUCAAGGGCAGCAUUGAUCAUCAUCAUUCUUGCGACAUUGUCAUCGCUUUCAAGGUGACCGUGAGGAGACCUUUUGCGCUGCUACGUAACUUCGCGAUACGAAUGGUGCUAAUUAACUUUGUCACGUGAGCGAUGACAUCGGAAUCGUUCGAAACGAGAUGAAGAUGGAAAAUUAACGAAAAGAUACAAUUUUUAGGACAAGAAGAAAGAUGAUAAUAAAAAAUUCAAGAACGGAAGGAUCUCGUUCGGAUGCCGAGUGUCCACCGUGUUCCUUUCAGUAAUUUCAUGAUAAAAGAAAAACGUUCGAAUCAGAAUUAAGUUAAUAAAUCUUGUUCGAACUCGCUGCGUGCUAAACCUAAAUCUUAUAUAUAUAUAUAUAUAUAUAUAUAUAUAUAUAUAUAUAUAUACAUAUA